AUGUGUCUUACGUGUUUGAUAUUUAUCAUUUGUUCGAAUUAUAUUCAUGCUGACAAUGAAUCCUUCCAGGCUACGUGCGAUCAACAAUGCAUUUUCAAUGAAAUCAGUGUUAACACUGAGACUCUGAAGUUGUUUCCAAUCAAUUGCAGCACAGUUUGUGGUUAUUUACAGUUAAGCAGUGACUCGAAUGUUACUGAAGAUCAACUAACAACCGUAUUCAAAAAUAUGAAGAAGUUUUAUGGACUUGUGGAGAUUGUGAGUACACCGAGCAAUGAGCUAUUUGUUUUCAAAAAUAACCAUGAGAAUCUGACUUCAAAUCCGAGUGUUUGUCUGAGAAUUAAACAGAGUUUGAACACCACGGCAUGGCAUAUUCCAAUGAUCGAUGGGAAAAGCUGUGAAGAAAUCGAGGAGGUUGCAGCUGAGAAAGAUUCAUCUGGAGAGGGAAACGGACGAUUCAUUGCACAGAUGCUUGCUUUGUUUCUGUUUUACUAUGCUCCUAAAGUCAUAUGA